AUGCCGCGCCUCGUGCUCGUAUGCUUCCUGACAGGGGCGCCGCUCGCACUGUUCUGCACGCCGCUCAACUUCUCGACAGCCAGUGAGGACACGUCGCAAGUGCACGAAGGAAUAUCACCACCCAAUGUCAGCUUGCCCUUCACCUUGCCUCGCAUCCACGUGAGCCAGCUAGACAGUGACGGCGGCAACUCCAACAAGUCGAGAGCAUGCUGGGUCGUGGACAGGUACACCAAUUUGCGCGUUCAGAACGACAACAAGCGCAACCGUUGCAAGGUUCGAUUUCAGGGCCGUGAGGCUGCGCUGCGUGCGUGUGAGCGCAGGGCGUGGUGCGGGGGGGUUGUAAGGGACAACGGAAUCGGGGAAUGUGGUCGGUUCGAGCUUCGCACGCCGAAUCCCAUCGAGCGGGGUAUUCUGCAUUCGUCUGUGACAUUCCGGCUGCUCGCACGGGAGUCGGAUUGGAAGACGACAGAGUGGUGCAUAAGACAACAGGAUGAUGCCGCUCGAAUCGCGCUCGUCUAUCAGCAAGCGGCCAAUGGCUCUGCCACUCAAGAAGCCCUUGAAAAGCUCCAUCAGGACUUGACUGAGCUCGUGACGCAAAAGAGCGUGCGCUUAAAAAGCAGACUCGUGCGGCGCAGCUUCAGUCGACCGUUACCACUCCAGCACAGCUCCAGAUGGCGCUGCCCAUUCUCGCUGAGCAAGGAGCCUCUGUUCCGCGCCCUGGUGGGCAGUCUGUUUGCUGAGGGGCUGAUGCCCCCGGGCGCCAUCAUCGAUGCGGGUGCCAACUCUGGCGAGGACGCAUGCUUCUACGCUGAGCGCACGGGGCGCAUCGUGCACGCGAUAGACCCCCUCCUCACCAACAUACGAUUCAUGCAACAGUCGUUCGGCUUCCUACCCAAUCUACUGCCGGAAGUCGGCGGCUUGGGCUCGGCGCGGCGCUGGCUACGUGCCCAAGCUGAAGUCGCCAACGCUCACAGUGGCGAAGGUGCACAACUGAAGGUCACUGAGAUGUCUGACGUCGCCUUGCCCGCAAGAACUGAGAAAGAAAAGGGUGGUGGAACGAUAUCAUCUGCCGAGCUCCACGCCGACGGCUACUUUGAGGUGCGGCGCGUCGAUGAGCUGCUCUCAAGUAAGUGGCAGGGCGAGCGCCUUAGCUUCGCCCAUUUCGACGUGGAGGGUGGGGAGCUUGACGUCCUGAAGGGCGCGCUGCGCACCCUGCUGCUCGACCGGCCUGUUUUCAGUGUUGAGGUCUUCAUGGUGAAUAAGAAGGCACUGGCCACCCAACUCUUAUGGCUCUUGGGGGGGGGGGGGCGCCUCCGAAACGUGGCUGCAGACUCCGAGGAGCCGGACGCGAACGGCUUCUCCCCGCCCGAGUGGAGGACUGCUGCGCAAGUUGCGGGCCGCUAG